AUGGGGAACAGCACAAGCAAAGCCGCCCGUGAGCUCGAGGUCGAGAUCCAAGCUGUUCGCCAGCCCUCUCCGUUUGUCGAAGUGCUUGAGUUCGCGAUCAUGGCCGUCGAAAAUGAUGUCAAGAGGCGACACCAGGAGAUCACGAAGCAAGAGAUACACUGCCUCGAUACCAAGGAGACAUUCGUCGCAUCCAUGCAGUUGGGUCUGGAGUGCUACCACCACGUGGAGGCCAGAGCAUGGGCGGAGACUCAGGGAAUGGAAGCGAUGAAGACUUUGGAGAGCAGCAAGGCCGACUUGAAGUUGCUGGAAGAGCAGCUGUUGUCUUUCAGGAUGAGACUAUGCGAGGAGAAGGCGAAGAUUGAGAGGCGGGUGGUGGCGGUGCAGCAGAGACAUCAGGAGCAGAAGCAGGCGAAGGAGGCAAAGAGACAGGCUGAGCCAUACGCACCCACUAACCAACAGUUCUUCAGGCUUGGAUACCAUGUCUCGGCCGAUGCCGCCGCGAGCGCCGGACAUUUGGGUAAGUGA